AUGAUCCCUGUUCAGUCCUUCACAGGUGGGGUUGCUGGUCACAGGUGGGGCUGCUGGUCACAAGUGGGGCUGCUGGUCAUAGGUGGGGCUGCUGGUCACAGGUGGGGCUGCUGGUCACAGGUGGGGCUGCUGGUCACAGGUGGGGCUGCUGGUCCUGGUGCCUGGUGCUGGCGUGACGGCGCUGGUGCUGGUGCCUGGUGCUGGCGGCUGGCGCUGGUGCUGGUGCCUGGUGCUGGCGUUGGCGCUGGUGCUGGUGCCUGGUGCUGGCGGCUGGCGCUGGUGCUAGUGCCUGGUGCAGCAUUCCGCCGCCACUCCCUUCCCCCUUUCCCUCUCCCCCCCAUAGCGUUCCGCCGCCAAUCCCUUCCCCUCCUCCCUCUCCUACCCACAGCGACCGCCGCUGCACACGCGAACAGUCGCGAUGGGGGGGGGUGA